CCCUGCUCACAGACGUCACCACCACCACCACCACCACCACCGGAGAGGCUGGAGCAGACAGCGAGACCUCGGUUGACACUCACACAACACUGCCUCUCAGACACGCAGCUCCAGAUCAUCAGACCAUGCCACAGUAACACAGCAGCAACACGGGGAUACGCCGCCGCACUGCGAAGCGACAGGGAGGGUGUCUGCUGCAGCUGCUCGGGAAUGUCCACCGCGCAGACCUGAAGACAACAUGAAACGCAAGAGCGAGAGGAGACGAGCAGAGUCGAGGAAAAAGCGCUGCGCAGCUCUCAGCAGCUCAGAGGCGGAGCCAAACUCGAAUAUUUACACUGAGAUAACAGAUCAACUGUAUUUCGCCAUACUGAAGCAAAAGAUCAAGACCACGGCCGAGCGACACUGUUUCUGCAUCGAUGACGAGCUGGCAUACGAGAACUUCUAUGCGGACUUUGGUCCCCUUAACCUGGCCAUGUUUUAUCGCUUCUGCUGCAAGCUGACAAAGAAGCUCAAGUCCAUUAUGCUCUCAAGGAAGAAGAUCAUAUUUUACACCUGUGGAGACCAGAAGAAACAAGCCAAUGCUGCCUACCUGAUCGGCUCAUAUGCAGUAAUGCAUCUAAACAUGAUGCCAGAAGAGGCCCACAGUCUGCUGGUGUCGAGGAAUUCAACAUAUAUUCCAUUCAGAGAUGCUUCUUUCGGAACCUGCAUGUACAAUCUGAACAUCCUAGAUUGCCUGCGUGGUGUUCAUAAGGCUCUGCAGUACGGCUGGCUCGACUUCUCCAACUUCGACGUGGAAGAGUAUGAGCACUACGAGAGAGCAGAAAACGGAGACUUGAACUGGAUCAUUCCAGGAAAGUUCCUUGCAUUCAGCGGGCCUCAUCCAAAGAGCAAAAUAGAGAAUGGGUACCCUUUGCACGCUCCUGAGGCCUACAUCCCGUACUUCAGGAAUCACAACAUCACCACCGUCAUCAGACUCAACAAGAAGAUGUACGACGCCAAGCGUUUCACCGAAUCCGGCUUUGAGCACCACGAUCUGUUCUUUGUGGACGGGAGUACGCCCAACGACUCCAUCGUCAGGAAGUUCCUCAACAUCUGCGAGAACGCAGAAGGGGCCAUUGCCGUCCACUGCAAAGCUGGUCUGGGGAGGACUGGCACUCUGAUUGGCUGUUAUAUGAUGAAACAUUACUGCCUGAGUGCUGCAGAGGCCAUUGCUUGGAUCCGGAUCUGCAGACCAGGGUCCAUCAUCGGGCCUCAGCAGAACUUUGUUGAAGAUAAGCAGAACAGCCUGUGGGCAGAGGGAGAUGUGUUCCGGGAGAAGAUGCUCAAUGAACCGGAGAACGACAAGGUGGCUGUCACCAGGAUCCUGUCCGGUGUGGACGACAUAACCAUCAACGGGAGCAACAAGAACCGGGCGACCAAGAAAGAAGAAAUGGACCGGUACAACGAUGAUGAGGAGAAAAAUGGCCUCACGCAGGGUGAUAAACUGCGAGCCCUGAAGAGCAAGAGGCAGGCCAGAUCGUCCACAGGUUCACUUUCACAAGAAGAGAAUAAGAUUCACACCAGGUCAUCAUCUCAGUCUCUAAGCAGGGUCAUACUGCAGGCCAGCGUCAACCCCAUGGCUCUGUCUGACCAAUCAGACAGCAGGAAGAGGACCAGAACCUCGCUGCCAGCCAACGGAGUGGAAGGAAGCUCCCUGUGCCACACCAGACUGGUCAGGUCCCUAGGCAACUUGAAUGUAGUGGCUGGCGACAGGGAGCCAAUGUGUUGGGAGCCACGUGGCAGCCAUAGAGACACAGCCAGCGACACAGCCAACACAGGCACUCUCAUCAACUUAAACAUGGCACAGGUCCACCUGCAGACGCACUGUCUCCAGAGGACGUAAAGCUCGCAGCUCUUUGCAAUCAAAUCGAUUUUCUAAGCUAUGUCACUCCAUACCCAAAGCUAGAGCUCCUCUACUUCGGUGAGCCUGCGGAUCUGGAAAUCCCAAGGAACACAAAUGGACAUGGAAUCCUAAUUCUAUACAGCUGUACUACUUUCACUUUUUUUUAGUUUGAGAAAAAGGUUGGCACAAACUUUAACCAACUUAAUGUGAUGCGUAAAUCAUUUAUAGAUUGUUUGAUUACAAGUUAUUUUACCCGUAAGGCACUUUUGUUUUUUUAUACUUUUAACAAAAGCAUCAUGAAACAUACCGAUCAUUUUAAUCAUUGCCUGAUUGUUCCUAAUUAUAGAAGCAUGCAGUAGCAAACAUCAGACCGGCAUGUGAAUCCGAGAUAUCCUCAAAAGUGAGCACUGUGAAGCAUAAAUGGUUUAUAAAACGGGGGAAUUCACAUUCAGUUAAAACCCGAGUGUAGAUGGAUCCGACCAGGAGCUGGGCAUAAAACUGGCCCUCCGUGGCACGAGGCGGUUUGCCUUGGAUGUAGUUGAAACAUCAGCUCCAUCAUAAUACAGUACUGUGCUUAUAUUUACCACCGUUGUCAUUAUCUGGCUUGCCAUUCACUUGUGAAGCUUUUCAGCUACUGUAUUCCAAGACUGUAAAUAUGUCAACAUUUGAUAUACUCAGUUUGUAUUUUUUAAAUAUUUUGUACUUUGUUUGAAUCAUGCUAUGAAAUAACACAAUGGUCCUAAUGGGGCCUGGUCUAACUCAUGUUCAUAAUCCACUAAAGACAUUUGCUUGAAGCACAUAGAAUCAGACCUUUUAAAUAAAAAUUAUAC